UUUUGUGAGCUGUUCUUGUAUUGCACCGUAGAGUUCAGUCAUGGAGAAGAAGGUUAUCGACUGGGUCAACCACGAACAUCCUUUGAUUCUCACUGAAAAUGUGAGUAAAGACGAGACUCCAAAUUGUUAUGGGUGUGGUAUUCCCGUAACUGAUUUGGAAGUGGCAUAUGUUUGCACGAUGCAAAAUUGUUCGAAUAGGAUUAUUCUCCACAAGAAAUGUGGAGAAUUACCUAGUCAAAUUUUGCACCCUAAACAUCCUCAACAUCCCCUUCAUCUAUUUGAUUACCACAAGUUUUUCGGUUCCUGGUGUGAUAUUUGUUUGUGUGAUCAUGGUAAGGUGCUUAUCUACCGAUGUUCAAGUUGUGAUUUUGACGUCGACUUAAUAUGCGCAAGAACAAGUGUUGAUGAUAUAUUAAGGGGGAAAAUACAAGUAGAACACCCUAGUCACCCUGAUCACCCUUUGACACUGAUGAGAAAGCCUUUAUUUCCAUUUUGUUGUGAUGGUUGUGGUGUUAACGAUGUGGACAUGGCUUAUAUAUGCUCAACAUGUGAAUUUAUGGUACACAAAGCUUGUGUGUCGUUGCCCCCUCAUUCUCCCCAUAAAUCUUCAAUAUCACCACCACCAUCUUUCUCUUGCCUUCAGUUUACCAAUGAAACAUCACAAAUAUAUAUUAUCUUGUGAUGUCUGUCUCAAAAGAUUAGAUAGAACAAGGUGGAUGUAUUAUUGUGGUGAUUGCAGAUUCUUCGCGCAUAUCAGGUGUGUUGCAUC